AUGAAAGUCCUUACAGGCAAGGCGAAUCUAUUAAGCGGAAUCUCGAUGCUUCGGAAGGUGUGCAAUCACCCAAGACUAUUCUUUUCUAGAAGGCCGGAUGUCUCUGAGGACUAUUCUUCCGAGGUAUCUAAUGAAAAGAAUAAUGAAGGAUCUAGGACUUCUCUGGAUGGAGAAGAACGAUACGGGCUUGUUAGUUCUUCAUGCAAGGUCAAGAUUCUGAUGGAUCUUCUUAAGAAAUGGAAAAAAGAGGGAAGCAAAGUGCUUAUAUUUUCACAAACAAUAAGGAUGCUGGAUAUAAUAGAGAGGUGUAUUAACAAGUAUACAUAUCUAAGGAUGGAUGGGAGGACACCGACAUCCAUUAGAUCUUCCCUUGUGGACAGAUUCAACAGAAGCGAGGAUGUAUUCAUAUUUCUUUUGACGACUAAGGUAGGAGGCCUUGGGUUGAACCUUACUGGGGCAUCAAGAAUAGUUAUAUAUGAUCCCGAUUGGAACCCGUCGACAGAUACACAGGCCAAGGAGAGAGCUUGGAGGUAUGGGCAGAGAAAAGGAGUAGAAAUAUAUAGGUUUAUUUGUAAAGACACAAUUGAAGAGAAGGUCUAUCAGAAGCAGAUAUUUAAGGACCUUCUAGGAAAGAAGGUUUUGAGUAAUCCGAGGCUCAACAGAUUCUUCAAUAAGUCAUGUAUAAACGAACUAUUCAGCUUUACAGUGACCGGUGGGAUUGAUGAAGUUAGAGUGGAUGAAGCCCACAAAUGCGAUCUGGAGGGAGGUGCUUUGAAGGAGAUCAGGGAUAGAGAUUCUGAAGUGUUUUCUAGGAUAAAAAGUUUGAAUGAGAAGAAGGUUCUGAGUGGAUCGGAGGUGUUAGAGUAUAUAAGAUUAAGAGAAAGAGGAUGCGAGUGA